AUUUCUUUUACUCAACACUUCUACUAUCUUUACAUUCCUUUUUAUUAUCUAUAAACCCUUUCCUUUCCUUUAAAACAUAUGUCAGAGUCCACCUCACCUCCGCUCACGUCCAAUGAAGAUACAAAGAAACGUACCAGAGUUACUCCAGCUCAGUUGACGAUACUAGAAGAAACCUUCAACAUGACUUCAACUCCUGAUUCCAAAUUGCGUAAACAAUUAGCAGAAAAGCUCAAGAUGCCAGAACGUUCAAUUCAGAUUUGGUUCCAGAAUAGACGAGCUAAAGUCAAGAUGCUUCAAAAGAGAGUCAUGUUGAGACAAGAACAACAACAACAGCAACAACAGCUAAGUCCUUACUGGUAUCCUUUUGCCUCAAGACAAAAGUUACCAUACAGAGCAUGGAGCUCAGAUAUGGUUCGAUCUUCAUCUAUUCCGCCACCUCCUCCUCCUCCUCUUAUUCCGCCUACUAAUAAUAAUGCUUCUAGUAUGACUGCGAGUACUACAACGACGACUACUGGUAGUUGUCUUUUUAGCUUUGAUCCCCCUAGUAUAUCCAUCAGUGGACCUAGUUAUGCAUCACCUUCGCCACAGCCUAGUCUAUAUAAAGAAUUAGAUACUGGCUUGAUCACAGCUACAUCAUUAACAAUAGGUAGCUGGCAUAGAAUGAAGAUACAUCAACAUGAUCUAGAAUGCUAUUAUACGUUGAUGAAUAGAGAGUUUUCAUGGCAUAUCAGAGACAACGACUAUCAUUUCAAAAUGAUCAUCUCAUUUGAUAUGAUAUCAUGUAUCGAAUUACACGUACUAGAAGACAAUAUCUCUGCAGAAAUCAAUAUUCAGUUGAUAGAAGCACCUAUUUUCUUUAUGAACAAUAAUGAUACUUCAUGGAUUCAAUGUAGUGAUUUUACCGAAGGAAUGCAAGCAUCUUUGGUAUUAACUCACACCAUUCGUGGUUUGGCUAUCGAUCUUAGACAGCAACUGUUAAACAUUGCUGGUAUUGAUGAUAGAUUAUGUCAGAUCACUCAAUUCCCAAUUGAUCACUGGAGACAUUCAAGUUUACCACUAAAAGAUAAUACUCAUCAUUGGGCAUUUCCAACUAUUACUCAUUUAUAGAUUCAUUAUUUGUCGUACACACCCACUCACAUUAUUUUAUCACAUAUAUACACAUUUAUUAUAUAUAUUUAGAAAGAAAAAUAAAAACAUCCCCUCUUUCUUUCUUUCUUCCUUUCUU